AUGUUGUUCAAAACUCAAUCCAUGGCCAUUCCGAGCGCCCUGGUCCUCUUGCACAUUCUCUCCACUUCUUCAAAACGCUAUCCACGAGUCGGAAAGACAGAAGGCGACAAUUUACGGAUGCUAUCCGAUUCCGAGAAACCAACUACCCUCAUUGGCAAAUUAGACACCAUUGCAGAAAAUUACCCAGAAAUACAUUAUAAAUCUGCUAACGGGCGCGUCAAAAGAAUUGCCGAAAUCCUGCCGAUUUGCGAGAAACUUAUGAAAGAGAACAAGAAGAAUACCGAUUUCGAAAACAACCUCGUUGAGAUAUAUGCGAUGGUAACGAUUUCCCUGCAAGAGCGAGACAUUGAUGCAAAAUCCGACGUGGUGGACAUAGCCCUUGAAGCUCUCUCGAAAAUAUUCCAAAGCGCUAUCAAUUCUGAUGCGCGUCACAGAGAAACAACAGCGAUUGUGUUCGACCGUUUACGCAAUGAAAAUCCUCAAUAUGUGCGACCCGACCAAAUAGUGCAGAAAUACGAAAGCAAUGCUUAUUCAGGAUAA